AUGGCUAUCGGAGGAAACAACCCAAUCCCGUCGGUCGACGCAGCCAGCACGUUUAUGCUACAGUAUGGGCAGUUCGAAGCCACACACAAGCAGCAGCUCGAGUCAGUCGGGCUUGCGAAGCCGCUGUGGCAGGCUCUCUACCGCAAGCUGACGCAGGAGUCGUUUGAUCUGGGCGACUAUGUGGUGCUCUAUGGGUCUGAGCGCAACACCACAGAUGCCAGCAAGCCGCGCGGCAUCACCGAGCACAAGCUGUGCCUGAAGGGGGCCAAGCUGGGUGCAGAGAGCAACGUGUUUCUGGUGGACCACGCCUGGACCACCACCAUUGAUGCAGCGAUCAUGCAGCUGAACAGCAAUCCAUACCUGCUCGAACGCAUGGAGUCGCUGACAGGCAUCCGGUAUGUGCCGCCAAAGAAGGUCGGCCUUGACACAGUAACGGAUGAGGAGAUUGAGCAGAACGUGCCAAUUGUAGUGGCACAGGCUAAUGUCAGCGAGGAGCGGGCGCGCGAGCUGCUGGUGAGCAGCAAUGGCAAUUUGAUUGAGGCGAUCAUGGCGGCUGAGGACGAGGCCAGCGGCAAUGACAAGGUGCAGCAGGCGCUGCAUGAGAAGAUCAUGGGCAAUAUGGCCAACCAGGGUGACGGCGAGCCCGAGACUGCAUGGCGGACGCGCGAUUACUCUUGCACCCAGUAUGCGCUGGGCGACGACAAGCAGGCCAUUGACGCAAUCGAUCUGCGUGUUGACAUCGGAGCCGGCGUAGCCAGCAAGGACGUGAAGUGUGAGUUCGCACCGAAGCACCUGAAGGUGUCUGUCAUGGGUCAGGUGGUUAUUGACGGCGAGCUGUACGCCAGCAUCGACGCAAAGGAAGCGACGUGGACACUGGAGGGCGGCGUCCUGACGGUGUCGCUGGUCAAGGCUAAGGCUGAGGUCUGGCCCGAAGCCAUCGCUGGCGAGGAGCACAUUGACGAGAAGGAGCACAGCAAGCACAUCCAGCGUGUCUUUGGUGCACUGUGGCGGCACUUCCAAGGAUACGAGUUUUUGCGGCAGGCUGCCGAUGGAUCGCUGGAGAACCAGACCAACUGGUACAUCCAAGACGAGGUUGGGCUGUCGAUCCAGCACUCGGAUACACCCAAUGUCGCGUGCGCGCCGUUCCUGUAUGUGACGCCGCAGGGCCAGAUGGUGCCGUAUAGUAUUAUGUGGCCCACCAGCGAGAUCAGGCAGGACGAGUCGCUGACGCGUGACUAUUGCCCAGCAUGGCUCAAGGACGCCGACCAGCGCCAGGGGUACCUCCACGCAAUCUUCCAGGGCCCGACGCAGUUUGCGCUGGAUGCCUAUGAGAAGAUGUGCGAUGGCUGGCAGGCCACAGCCAAGACAGCGACGCGUGCCACCCUGGCCAGCCAGCCGGUGGCUGCGCAUACAGUCAGCAAUGUGCUUGUGAGCGGUGCGACGCCCGAAGUCACCCAGGCUCUUGAGAAGCAAGGGCUGCGGCUGGUGGACCAGGCCAGCGAGGCAGACCUGGUGUUUGACGAUGUCGCGCAGACCAGCCAAGCGUCGAACCACCACCCGCUCAACAGCGUGUUCUUCUCGAGCCAGAGCACGGUCUUUGCGUUCCAGAAUGUUGUUGGCGCGCAGUCGUGGCUGCGCACCGGCUUCCUCUUGAGGUCGCAGCUGACAGAAUUCACUGGUGCAGCACUGAUGGAUCCGCACAGCUGGUGGGUGCUGACCAACGACACCACGGUGCCCAAUGUCAAGGCGCAGAGGAUCCUGACCAAUAACCCGACCACGGUGGUGCGCCAUGCGGAUGUCGGGUACUCGACGGCGUUGCAGUGUGUUCCGUCGGUGGUCAGCCCGGAUGAGCUCCACGUGUGCACGCGCUUGGCGCUGCUGACGCCUGAUGAUGGGCUGUAUCUGUGGACGCCGCAGAUGUGGGUGCACAAGCUCCGGGUGCAGAUGCGUGAGGACAAGAUGGAGCCGUACCAGGUGCUGCCUGACGAGAUCGAGGUGCCAUACAGCGAGUUUAAGCAGGCCAUGGGCGGUAGGUUUGGCGCUGAGCUGCUGCCUGAGCUCGAGUGCAAGGUCGACGAUAUCGUUGCUGAUAUCGUGCGUAUCAUGCUGGGCUUCGAUGGCAGCGAUGGCCGCAACUUUGGCAUCUUCAGCUUCCGCUUCUCGUUUGGCAAGGGCGUCGACGGCGUGGCUCCGUAUCUGCAGGAUGUCGAGCCGGUGUCUAUCAGCGACCAUCUGUCGGCCGACGCUGAGCUGCUGCCCAAAAAGUGGAAGCAGGCCCGAGCUGCCUAG